AUGUCCUAUGCAACAGAUGUUGAAAAUUUGGAAACCUUGGUGAAAAUACAAGAUAAUGCAGUAAAUGCAAUACAGGAAAGAUUUAAUCAAAUGCAAGAGUAUUGUGCUUUAUUUGGGUUUCUUUACGAUAUUCUUAACUUAAAGGAUAAAAACGAAGCUGAUAUUCUUAUGCAAUGCAAAAAGUUUGAAAGUGCCUUAACGCAUAAUUCCUGUAAAGACAUUGAUGGAGAAGACUUAUGCUGGGAACUUCAAAGUGUGUCUCGAAGACUUCCAAAAGUAAUGGGCCCAUCUGAAGUUCUUCUUUUCAUUUUAAGGCAUGAUCUCCAGAAUAGCGUUCCUAAUAUUUACGUCGCGUUAAGGAUUUUAUUAACUCUCCCUGUUUCUGUAGCAAGUGGAGAGCGCAGUUUUUCUAGAUUGAAAUUAAUUAAAACGUACUUGCGCUCAACGAUGACUGAAGAAAGAUUAGUUGGAUUAGCGACAAUAUCAAUAGAGCAAGAACUGGCUUACAAUCUGGACCUCUUGUACGUGUUUGUGGGAGAACACAUCGCUUUAAUAGACUUCGUAAAAUGUCUACAAAAACGGAAACUAUUAGAAACAGGAGAUUACGUCGUCGUUUCCGUUGAUGAUGAGAUUUACGAUCCCAAUCGACGUAUAAACAUCAUAAAAAGGGGUAAGUAA